UUCUCGGGUCACGUGCGUGGGUUUCCUGUAGCCAGUGAGAGCAGCAAAAGAUGCCAUUUUCAUUCAACAUACUGAAAGGAUUCUCUACAUUGCACGUGGAUUAUAAAACAUUCACCGGGCAAUUAAGCGUUUUUCAUUUUUCGUUUAACUUUUUUCAGUCUCUUGUAUUUAUAAUUAAAUAGAAUUCUUUCGUUAUUUGGGAAGCACAUUCAUUAUACAUUUUAUUUCGUAUUUCUCAUAGAUUUGACAUCAGGAAUGAGUAUAGAAAUUCCUGAAGGAUUGACGGAGCUGUUGCAGAGCUUUACCGUGGAAGUGUUACGGAAUCAGCCGGGAGAUUUGCUCGAGUUCGCGUUGCAGUAUUUCACCCAACUGAAGGACAGUGAGACUACCGGGGCCGCGUUCGGCAAUGACCAACAUUCGGCUUCGCGACACAGUGGGAAAGCGGUCAAUUUCAUCGACGAAGCCAUGCAGAUCGAUUCUGAAAAUGGAGAGGAAGAGGAGAGUGACGAAGAGGAAUUCAUUGCUCCAGUGAUGAGUCGAUUCAUUAGAAGAGCAUCAGUUUGUGCCGAGGCGUUCAACCCUGAUGAAGACGAGGAAGACAAAGAACAGAGGGUCACCCAUCCUAAAACAGACGAACAGAGGCAGAGACUACAGGAGGCUUGCAGAGACAUUCUGCUGUUCAAAAACCUGGACCCGGAACAAUUUUCCCAAGUACUGGACGCCAUGUUUGAGAAGUUCCUUGAGGUAGGAGAACACAUCAUAGAUGAAGACGACGAUGGCGACAACUUCUACGUCAUUGAAAGAGGGACCUUUGACAUCUAUAUGAGGGUUGAUGGUGUAGAGAAGACCGUGGGAGCCUAUGAUAACAAGGGGAGCUUUGGGGAGCUGGCCCUGAUGUACAACACCCCCAGGGCUGCUACCAUCAUCUCCACCUCGCCCGGAGCCCUCUGGUGCCUGGAUCGUCUGACAUUCAGGAGGAUCAUAGUGAAGAACAAUGCGUUGAAGAGGAGACUGUACGAGGAGUUCAUUGAAUCACUUCCACUGUUAACAUCAUUAGAGCUUUCGGAGAGAAUGAAGGUGGUGGAUGUGUUGUCUUCUAGAGCCUUCUGCGAUGGAGAACAGAUUAUCUCUCAGGGUGAUCUAGCAGAUUGUUUUUAUAUAGUUGAAUCUGGUCAAGUUAGAAUCACCAUGAAGAGAACCAGGACGAAAAAGGACCAAGAGGAUGUGGAUAUAGCUACAUGCUCCAGGGGGCAGUACUUUGGAGAACUGGCCCUCGUCACCAACAAACCCAGAGCUGCUUCAGCUUAUGCUGUGGGAAGUGUCAAGUGUUUAGUUAUGGACGUGCAGGCGUUUGAGAGGUUGCUGGGCCCCUGCAUGGACAUCAUGAAGAGAAACAUUGCAAAUUACGAAGAGCAGCUGGUUACUCUGUUUGAAUGUAGCACCACUGACAUUGAGGAGAUAAACCCAUGAAAACCAGAAGGGGGGAAAAAGACAGUGAGAUGCAUGAUGACGAUGUCAUAAAUCGGGAAGUGGAAAAAGUCUUGUCACUUUGUGUGUAACUUUUCCAUAUCUACCUUUUGUCAAGGAUUGUUUUCUUUCACAAAAUAGGAAACACGGUAUGUUAGACAGGUACAGGAUCGAUUCCAGAUAAAAUACAAUGGUUUUUUCUAAAGGAUCGUUGACUUGGGAGGAGUAUUUUUUUAUUGAAGCACAGAUAUGUGUGUUAUUCCAAAAACGUAAAUGUUCAUAUGUUCUGUCCUCACAACUUUCCUUUUUUUAUCUUUUGUUCUUUUUUUCUUUUUUUUUUUUACAAAUGUAAAUUUUUAUUGAAUUUAUCAAAGACAUUUUAAGUCACUUGUUUUGUAUAUUAUUGAUCACUAUUAUGUUAUGUAAAAUAUAAAUGGGCCUUUUCAGAUUCUCUGAUCAUGUCAUAUUUCUUCAAAAAUCUUGUGCCAAAGGUCAUUACAUCCUUACUAGAUUAUGAGCGUGUAAACAAAUCACGAAUAUCCAUACCUUGCACAUUAAAGUGUUCAUAAUUUGAUAUUCUCAUGGUGACAUCAUUUUCAGUAAAGGUGUUGGUUUAUACUGUACAUUGUAGGCUAGGGGAUUCCCAGGGGAACUAUGUCCUUUCUGGCUUCAACAACCACGUUGAACAGUUGUACCAACAAAUAGUGCCAUAAAAUUCUAGGGAUGAAUUGAACAAUGUGAUUUCCUAUCGUUGCACUCUGGUAUGGCUGACGUGGUGUUAACAGAGUUAAGAAUCUUAUAUUUUCGCCAUAAAAUGACAUAUCCAAAUCUGACUGGCUGUAGCUCAGGACCUGAAGCAAGGAUAUGCAUAUUCUUGAUACCAUGUGAAAUGAAUGUAGGAGAAUAUAACACAUUAGAUUUGGUAAAAGAAAAAAACAUGGUGUUUUUUUUGUUGUACCAUCUUUGAAACGCAAGAGAAAGGCCAUAAUGUAUUAUUCCAGCCCAGGUGCAAUUUAGAUUUUGGCCACUAGAUGGCAGCAGUGUAUGUGCAACGUUUUAGACUGAUCCAAUGAACCAUUGCAUUUCUGUUCAAAAUGUAUCAAGACUGCCCAAAUGUGCCUAAUUGGCUUAUUAAUACAUUUUCAAGUUCAUAACUGUGCACUCUCCUCAAACAAUAGCAUGGUAUUAUUUCACUGUAACAGCUACUGUAAAUUGGACAGUGCAGUUAGAUUAACAAGCAUUUAAGCUUUCUGCAUAUAUCAGAUAUGUCUAUGUCCUGGGAAAUGUUCUUGUUUACUUACAACCUCAUGCUAAUCGCAUUAGCCUAGGUUAGCUCAACCUCAUGCUAAUCGCAUUAGCCUAGGUUAGCUCAACCUCAUGCUAAUCGCAUUAGCCUACGUUAGCUCAACCUCAUGCUAAUCGCAUUAGCCUACGUUAGCUCAACCUCAUGCUAAUCGCAUUAGCCUACGUUAGCUCAACCUCAUGCUAAUCGCAUUAGCCUACGUUAGCUCAACCUCAUGCUAAUCGCAUUAGCCUACGUUAGCUCAACCUUCCCGCAGGGGGACCCACCAAUCCUGUAGAGGUUUUAAGAAGUUAUUAAAAAAAGAUGGCUGAUAGUUUUGAAAACAGUUGGCUGACCAAGUAUUACACACUUUCAAGCUCUUGAUUCCUCAGCACUAUAGCAUUAGACAUUCACCACUAUAAUAAUGGUAUUUGACCACUUUAUUGUCUUCAAGUUCUUGAUUCCUCAGUACUGCAGCAUUAGACACUAUCCACUGUAAUAAUUGUAUUUGACCACAUUAUUGUCUUCUUGAGCUAGUUUACAUGACAUAGUUUGCAAAAAAGUAUGUGGACAACCCUUCAGAUUAGUGGAUUCGGCUAUUUCAGCCACACCUGUUGCUGACAGGUGUAUAACAUCGAGGACACCGCCAUGCAAUCUCCAUAGACAAACAUUGGCAUUAGAAUGACCCGUACUGAGACCUCAGUGACUUUCAACGUGGCACCGUCAUAGGAUGCCCCCUAUCCAACAAGUCAUUUUGUCAUAUUUCUGCCCUGCUAGAGCUGCCCCGGUCAGCUGUAAGUGCUGUUAUUGUGAAGUGUAAACAUCUAGGAGCAACAAGGGCUCAGCCACGAAGUGGUAGGCCACACAAGCUCACAGAACGGGACCGCCGAGUGCUGUAGCUCGUAGCAUGUAAAAAUCAUCUGUCCUCGGUUGCAACACUACCAUGUUCCACAUUGCCUCUGGAAGCACAAGAACUGUUCGUUGGGAACUUCAUGAAAUGGGUUUCCAUGGCCGAGCUGCCGUACACAAGCUUAAGAUCACAAUGCGCAAUGCCAAGUGUUGGCUGGAGUGGUGUAAAUCUCAACAUCAUUGGAUUCUGGAGCAGUGGAAACUCGUCUCACGCUUCACCAUCUGGCAAUCUGACAGACUAAUCUGGGUUUAGCGGAUGCCAGGAGAACGCUACCUUCCCAAAUGCAUAGUGCCAACGUUAAAGUUUGGUGGAAGAGGAAUAAUGGUCUGGGGCUGUUUUUCAUGGUUUCGGGCUAGGCCCCUUAGUUCCAGUGAAGGGAAAUCUUAAUGUUACAGCAUACAAUGACAUUCCAGACAAUUCUGUACUUCCAACUUUGUGACAACAGGUUGGGGAAGGCCCUUUCCUGUUUCAGCAUGACAAAUACCCCGUGCGUGCACAAAGAGAGGUCCAUACAGAAAUGGUUUGUCAAGAUCGGUGUGGAAGAACUUGACUGGCCUGCACAGAGCCCUGACCUCAACUCCAUCGAACACCUUUGGGAUGAAUUGGAAUGCCGACUGCGAGCCAGGCCUAAUUGCCCAACAUCAGUGCCCGACCUCACUAAUGCUCUUGUGGCUGAAUGGAAGCAAGUCCCCACAGCAAUGUUCCAACAUCUAGUGGAAAUCCUUCCCAGAAGAGUGGAGGCUGUUAUAGCAGCAAAGGGGGGACCAAGUCCAUAUUAAUGCCCAUGAUUUUGGAAUGAGAUGUUUGACAAGCAGGUGUCCACAUACUUUUUGCCAUGUAGUCUAUUUCCAUGUGUUUCUCAUCUUAAAUGUACAUUUUUAAGUAUUACAUUCAACUGUUCUCAUGUGCCAGUAAAACAUAAUAUGAAGCUUUAGCAAUGACGUCAAAGGAUAUUGAUAAUGUGUGUCCCAAAUGUCAUCCUAUUCCCUACUAUGGGCCCUGAUCAAAGGUAGUGCACUAUAUAGGGAAUCGGGUGCCAUUCGGGACAUAGGCAUUAUUAUAUGUAUUGCUGUCUACCUCUAAAUGAUAAAUAACAAACAACCUGUACCUUUAAGAAGUAGUUCACAAUGGACCCCUGCUCUCUCAAUUGCAACUUCUCUCUCUAUCUCUCUCAAUAGCAACCUCUCUUUUUCUCUCUCAAUAGCAACUUCUCUCUCUCUUGCUCUCUCUCAAUAGCAACCUCUCUCUCUCAAUAGCAACUUCUCUCUCUCCCUUUCUCUCUCUCAAUACCAACCUCUCCCCCCUCUCUCUCUUUCUCAAUAGCACCUCCAGUGGUUGAAUUUUCCAUUGUUUGCUUUCCAUUGUGUUUUUGGUUCCCUUAGUCUGUGAACAAAAUGGCUUAUACAUGAGGUAUUAUACAAUUUGUUUUUUUGGCAGUGCAGUUUUGUGAAUAAGGUUCACAACAGACUGGAACUGUGGAUAUAUCUGAGGAGGAAAUCCAGUAUUAUUGGCUGUUGUUGGUUAUAUCUCACUUUUCAGUACAAUAAAGAACAGUUUUGUAUUAA